UUUUUUUCUUUUCUUUUUGUUAUUACAAAGAACUGAUGGAAGGAGUGGUGGUAAUAGAGGAAGAGGAAGCUCAAGUGACGGUUGCUGCUCCUGGAGCUGCGGGAUUGUCAUCGUCAUCAUCUUCGUCUUCCACCGCCAUUCCGCAGCCGCGGGAAUGGCUCAAUGAGGUUGGUCCGCCGCCGUUUCUGACCAAGAUUUUCGAAAUGGUGGAAGACCCAUCGACGGACUCGGUGGUUUCAUGGAGUAAAGCUCGUAAUAGCUUCAUUGUGUGGGAUUCUCACAAAUUCUCAACCACGCUUCUUCCUAGGUAUUUCAAGCACAAAAAUUUCUCCAGUUUCAUUCGCCAGCUCAAUACAUAUGGUUUUAGAAAAAUUGAUCCAGAUCGAUGGGAAUUUGCCAAUGAAGGGUUCCUCGGAGGGCAAAAACACCUACUGAAAACGAUCAAAAGGAGAAGAAAUUUGGUGCAAAGUUCACACCAUCAAGGUGAGGGAGCUUGUGUUGAGAUAGGACAAUUUGGAUUUGAUGAAGAGCUGGAGCAACUGAAGAGGGAUCGGAGUGUUUUACAAGCCGAAAUCGUGCAAUUAAGGCAGCAACAGCAGCAUUCAAGGGACCAAGUUGUUGCAAUGGAGGAAAGGUUACAUGAAGCAGAGAGGAAACAGCAGCAGCUAAUGGCGUUCCUUGCUAAAGCUCUCCGAAACCCGACUUUUUUUCAGCAAUUUGCUCGGCAAAGACAGGUCCCGACGGUCGAAAUCGGGCGAAAACGGCGACUAGCAGCGAGCCCCAGUGUGGAGAAUCUGCAACAAGAAGCAGUCCCAUGGGUGGUUGAUAUUGAUCAAGUUGAGGAGCAAGAAGAUCUGGAUACCAUUGGGUACGAUAUUGAGACGUUUUUCGCUUCUUCCAUGGACAAUGAAUCGAGCAGUGAAAUCAAGGAUCAUAUAGCAAGUACAAUGCCCAUGUCAAGUGUGACUAAUAGUUUGGAUGUUAAUGAGACAAUAUGGGAAGAGUUGAUAAAUGAAGACUUGAUAGCUGGUGAACCAGAGGAGGAACUUUUGGUGGUGAGUGAUCAAACUGAAGUUGAUGUUCAAGUCGAAGAUUUGGCGGCGAACCCUGCGGAUUGGGGCGAUGAUUUGCAGGAACUUGUGGAUCAAAUGGGUUAUCUCAGGUCAAAUCCAUGACCAAGAAAAACACAUCAAGGGAACAUAUGAUCUUGUUGUUCUAGGCCUUUUGAGUUGGUCUCUUUGGCACCAUUCCUUGCUUACCGGUUCAUCAAUUU